AGCACCAUCUCCAUCAUCAUUUUUCGGCAAGGAUCACCGGAAAACUCUAGAGAAAAAAGCAAAAUAUGGAUAAUGGUAAACGACCCCAGAUGGAAGAAGCCGAUUUGACUAAUCCGGAAAUCUUGAAAUAUUAUUUUUUGUUGUGCAAUGAAAUAUUCCCAGACGCCAAAAAAAUGGGUAUACAGGAGUUUAAAUGUAUUAAGAAGGAACUGAAUGAGAGAUUUAACUUGGAUUUUAGGAUAGUAGACGUUGUGAACAAAUAUAGAGAGAUUUAUUACAAGUGGCAAAUUUGGGAAAAUUUUGUUAAUAAUAAGGAAUUCGUCUUAGCCCGCGCCUCCUGUACAGCGGACGUAUCAUGGCUGCAAAGUAAGUCCGAGGAAUGUCUUGAUACAAUUUCUGUAGACAAAGAAGGUCAGCCAAGUAUAGGCCUCUUGAAAUUUGUAUUUGGAAGCUCAGCAAAUGGCAGCAAAGGAAGUGAUUCUUUGAAGCCAACGGCAACAGUACAUGAGCAUGUUGGGGACUCUUCAAGGGACUUGGAAUUCCAUGAGCCAAAAACCAACUCCUCCAAUGAAGAAAUCAGUUUAUUAGAUGACCGCCACAAUAUUUCUGAAAGUAGCAAAUGUGUAAGAUUAGGCGGCUACUGUCCAAAGAGAAUAAAAAUGAAUGGUAGUCGUUGGACACGGACUGCUUUAGAGGAUGACGUGUUUCAGGGGAGAAAAACAUUGAGGUUGGUCUCAAAAACUUGUGGCUUGAUGUCAAAUAAACAUUUCUAUUUGUUCACGGGGAGAUUAUUGAUGAAUCCACGUGAAAGAUCGUGGUUUUAUUUUGUCAAGCCCUCAUUGCGUUUGAGAUAUCUAGAAAAACAGUUUAAAAAGUUUAGUGCAGACAGAGUGAUACCAGAGCCGACCCAACCGACCGGCGCCGACCCUACCGUACCGCCUCUGGCUCCGACCGAGGCCAGCGAUCUGAAGGAGAAUCCUCGCCUGAGUCCAUGGACUCUGACCAACAACUGACCGUGAGUCACUGAGUCGCCUCUUGCAGCCAGCUCGACACGACCAGGCCAGCUACCUCCUACCGCCGAUUUGAAGUAUGUCCUAAUCUGAAAAAUCUAAGUUUCACCUGUUGGUAUUUUACUAGUUUUGCAAUGUGAUAUACACAUGAAUGUUAAUUAAUUAGUUCUAGAGGUUAUCUCUUAAUUAAUCUUUUUUACUUGCUCUUUUAUUUCCUAAGGUAAGUUUGACUUCCAGUUUGCUAUUUUAUUUCUCUAAAAAGUGUUAGCCCAAAAUGAAGAUGUUGAAAUGGUCUGUUCAUGACUUGCAAGCAGCCAAGAACUCAAAUGAGUGAUUGAAAGUAAGGGUGUGCAUGCAU